AUGACAGAUAUCAUUAUUUAAAACAGUAUAGUUUUAAAUAUUAAUUUAGUUAGCAUCAGUGUUAUAUAAUCGAAAUAUUUCAACACCAAAAAUUAAUAGGACUUUCAUCUUAGGUAUGAUUAAAAAUUAAAAAAACUCCACAAAUAAUUCAUCAGUAAACUUUAACAAACUAAUUCAUAAUUUGAAGUUAAAUAACUGCAUCCUGAACAAAAUUUUAAUCCAAGACAACUAUGA